AUGAAUCCACAGCAGAUCGCUGCACAACAGAUCGCUGCGCAGCAGAUUGCUGCGCAGCUGAGCUCUGCGCAGUCUGCCGUCGCGCAAGCGGCCGCGAGCGUCGGUGCGUGGGCCAGCAUGACCCCGACAAGCACGUGGGCGCCCAACGUUCCGAACCAGAUUCAGCAGAACUCGCUCCCUCCGUGGGCCAGCACUGCGGCGACUGCGCCGCAAGCGGCGGCAGCUCCUGAGCAGCCGCAGCCGGUCACCAGGGUCAGCCGAUGGGGUCAGAGGCCUGAGAAGACAGAUAGCUGGUCUGACGGGGAGCAGAAGUGGAAGGACAGGGAGCAGAAGUCCAACUGGUGGUCUGAAAAGUCGCAGCCCUAUCGAAACCCCCAAGACGGGGCCAAGACAGAGUGGCAGGAUCGAGCCCAGGCCAGCCCGCCGGAGCCUUUGAUCGCCCCUGACUGGUCGAAGGUUCCACGUCAACCGUUCCAACGCAAGUUCCUUUGCACCCUGCAGCAGGAGGAAGAAGGUGCCGAGAAGAUGCGGCAGCAGCUGGGGAUCUGCAUUGAGGAUCGAGGCUCUCUCCUGGCGGCGCCUAAGCCCAUCUCUUCCUUCGAGGAGCUUCAGGUCCUGCCGCAGUACGUGAUUGAGGGCCUUUCGCAAUGGAACAUCAACGCCCCCAUGCCCGUGCAGUCUCAGGCUCUUCCGCUGGCCAUGUCCGGCUGCAACCUUGUCGGCAUCGCGCAGACAGGUAGCGGCAAGACCCUGGCAUACCUGCUGCCUGCCAUUGUCCAAAUAGAGGCACAGGAGCCUGUGCCCAAAGGCUCCGUGCUGCCGAUCGCGUUGAUCUUGGCGCCGACGCGGGAGCUGGCAGUGCAAAUCACGGAGGAGGCCACGAAGGUCUUGCGUGGAUCCAGAAGUGGUUCACACAAGAAUGGCAUUUGGGCAUCCUCGGUCUAUGGUGGUGGCAAGAAAUACGAACAGAUCAAGAACUUGCAGUGGGGCUGCGAGGUCGUAGCUGCCACCCCGGGUCGCCUCAUUGACUUUCUCACGUCCAAGGUCAUGAGCCUCGAGCGCGUGACGCUUCUCGUCUUAGAUGAGGCCGAUCGCAUGCUCGUGGAGGGCUUCGCUGAAGAAGUCAACAUCAUUUCGGCGCAGAUCCGGCCAGAGCGGCAAGUGCUGUUCUUCUCGGCGACCUGGGCCGCAGAGGUGCAAGCGCUUGCUGCCGGCCUCUGCCACAGCUCCCAGCCGGUGCGGCUGUCUGUCGACCAGGAGCAUGGAAGCUGCAUGAAGGCCGCGCGAAAGGCACGGCAAGGAAUUGUCCAGGAGGUGGUCGUUGUCGAUUUCCCGGACGACUACGAGAAGCAGGUGGCCGAGAAGAGAAGGCGUCUGGACGAUCAUCUCCACGAGGUCCUUUGGUCCUCAGCGGACAACAAAGUCUUAGUCUUCGUGUCUCAAAAGACGUAUGCAGACGAGCUGGCAACGAAGCUGUGGGACGCGGGCUUCCAAGCCGCAGCCAUGCAUGGUGGAAAGUCCCAGGAGGCCCGCCUCGCCACCCUAGACCGCUUCCGCAAGGGCGAGCUGAGGCUGCUUGUGGCCACUGACGUCAUAGGGCGGGGCAUCGACAUCCCAUCCGUGUCCCAUGUCGUGGUGUUUGACAUGGGUGGUGUCGAGGACUACAUCCAUCGCAUCGGCCGCACUGCCCGCGGCAAAGACGGCACCGGCCACGCGCUCGUCUUCUUCGAGUAUUGGCACAAGGAUCCCGGCAUCGCCGCCGAGUUGGCGGAAGCCUUGGCCAGUUCGGGUCAGCCGGUUCCACCGGAGCUCUUAAAGAUCGUCCAAGAGGUGGCAGCCGGACAGAGGCAAGUGUGGAAGGGAAACAACUCGAAGUGGUCCGGAAAGCGAUGGGCCAGCAAUGAGUGGUCCAGAAGCGAAUAUUCUAAGCAUUGUGCAGACUAG